AAAGUCAGAAGCUGGGCCAGAUUAAAGACGCGCGGGCGGGCGGGGUCUGAGGCCUAGCGGGUGGGGCGGGGCCAGAAAGUUAGUCCUGGAGGGGGGCGGGGCCGUGGCCGUGGCCUUCGGGUCCAGUUUGAGGCUGGAGCUUCCCCCCCACCUCCGGAAAGCCGCGCGCGGGCCGGGAAGUUCUGUCGGCGCCGGGCGGGGAAGUAUUCACUGGGGAGGUUGAGCCAGGAACCCCUGGUGCUGUGUCCGGAUUCUGCAGGGGAAGUUUGCUGGGACCCUGGCCCCACCUAGCCAGUGGAAUGUCAGCCACACUGGAUCUGAAAUCGAAAGAGGAGAAAGAUGCUGAGUUGGACAAGAGGAUCGAAGCUCUUCGGCGAAAGAAUGAGGCCCUCAUACGGCGCUACCAGGAGAUCGAGGAGGACCGUAAAAAAGCUGAACUCGAGGGAGUAGCGGUGACCGCGCCCCGGAAGGGCCGCUCGGUGGAGAAGGAGAAUGUGGCCGUUGAGGUGGAGAAGAACUUGGGUCCCUCUCGGAGGUCUCCUGGGACCCCGCGGCCUCCGGGGGCCAGCAAGGGAGGCCGGCCCGUCCCCCAGCAGGGAGGCCGGGCAGGCGUGGGCCGGGUGGCCCGUAACUGGGAGGACAGUUCUGGGGAGCAGCCUCGAGGAGGAGCUGGGGGCCGCGGCCGGAGGGGCCGGGGCCGGGGGUCCCCUCAUCUGUCUGGGGCCGGAGAUGCCUCAACUGCCGACCGCAAAUCCAAGGAGUGGGAGGAGCGGCGCCGGCAGAACAUCGAGAAGAUGAACGAGGAGAUGGAGAAGAUUGCGGAGUAUGAGCGCAACCAGCGGGAAGGCGUGCUGGAGCCCAACCCGGUGCGGAACUUCCUGGACGACCCCCGGCGACGCGGCGGGCCCCUGGAGGAGCCUGAGCGGGACCGCCGGGAGGGCAGCCGCCGGCACGGGCGCAACUGGGGGGGACCCGACUUCGAGCGGGUGCGCUGCGGCCUGGAGCAGGAGCGGCAGGGCCGCCGGGCCGGCCUGGCUGCCGCUGGCGACAUGACGCUGUCCAUGACGGGCCGGGAGCGGUCGGAGUACCUGCGCUGGAAGCAGGAGAGGGAGAAGAUCGACCAGGAGCGGCUGCAGAGACACCGCAAGCCCACCGGCCAGUGGCGGCGGGAGUGGGAUGCCGAGAAGACGGACGGGAUGUUCAAGGAUGGCCCAGCCGCUGCCCUCGAACCAUCCCAUCGCUAUGAUGAUCAGGCCUGGGCUCGGCCCCCCAAGCCCCCCACUUUCAGGGAGUUCCUGUCCCAGCACAAAGCGGAGGUCAGCCGCAGGAGGAGGAAGGGUAGCCGACCCCAGACCAAGGCAGCCCCUCGUGCCUACAGUGACCAUGACGACCGCUGGGAGACGAAGGAGGCAGCGUCCCCAGCCCCUGAGGCCCCACAGCCCCCUCCACCCGAGGAGACGCCCGUGCAGCCGCUGGAGACCCCAGCUCCUCCUGCCCACCGGCCUCCUGAGGAUGACGGGGAGGAGGACGAGGGGGAGGAUGAGGAAUGGGAAGAUGUGAGUGAGGAGGAGGAGGAGAUCGAGGAGGAGGGGGAGGAGGAGGAAGAGGCCAUCGAGGAGGAAGAAGAACCAGCCCAAGACCACCAACCCCAAGAGGCUGCGCCCACCGGAAGCCCCACCGGAGGUGACCAGCCAGCCCCUGCCUCCCUCGAGAGUGGGCCCUGCCUCCCAGGAACCCAGAAAGCUGAAGAGGAAGGGUCUGAGGCAGCUUCAGAGGCGGGCACUGAGGGUCAGGAGACCGCGGAGAUCACCGACUUCCAGAGGGUGCGUUUCUGCAAGGUGGUGGCGGCCGCUCCGCCACCGGGGGCCGCCCGCUGACCGCGCCUGCAGACUGCGGCCUCCGCGUUCUGCACUAACCUCCUGCCGCCUUGCUCCUCUGUCCUCUGCUUCCGUCACGCUCCAGCCAGGAGAGGGUUAAAUGUAAGGGGGGCGGAGUCAGGGCCAGUGAACGGGGUGGGACCAGGGCAAUAGGCAAGUCUCACGAAUGGGGGGCGCCGUGGCACCGGGAGGGUUGAGACGCCCCCGAGUUACCCACCUAAUGGCAGCCAUGGGGGGCUAGGUGCCGGUCCCCGGAUCUAGAUUCCCGCCUCCUGGAGUUUCCAUCU